AUGACCGAUUGGGUAGACAUGUGCGAAAGCGUGGAGACCUCCCCGCAGAUGAUGGUCUUCGUCAUGUUACUUCUGAUGUGCUUGCUCUGCGCGAUGGUAGAAGGUAUCGGCCGAUUUCUCGCUCACGCCAUGAGCUUCUUCUUGGACUCCCGCAGCCAAGGGUCAGAGACCUCCGUGAACCCUGACCUUCAUCCCGGGGCGGCCGACAAGGAUCUCGCCAUGUUGGCCCCGGUGCGCUUGGUGGGAGCCAUUCACCUCGUCUUCAACAAUUAUGGCCCCGUGAGCUGGGCGGGAUUCAACGCCUGGGGCGCCUCGUGGUUCUCGCUGUUCUUUCUGCUCUCCGGGCUCGGCAGUGCACAUGUCAAGUUGCAGCGCAACACCCAGCCUGCAUUGCAUCCUGGCCGGCAGAUCCCCUGA